UCGCAUCGCCUCGCCCACAUACGAAGGACCGUGACGAGGCGCGUUGACACGCACGCAUGCGUGGGUGUCCACGUGGGCAGCAUACGUGCGAGAGCUCCCCCGCCGCCGGAUCGCCGGAGCCCGCCUCAUCCGUCCGUCCGUUCAUCCCGUCCGGCGCCGCGGCUCAAUAAAUGCGGGCCCCAACGAGCUAAAUCUUCCCAAAAGGGAGCUGAGUAGAUAGAUACUCCUCACUCCUCCACUCCGCUCUGCUGCUGCUGCUCUCGUCGUGGUGGUGGGAAUGGCGGAGGAGCGGAGGAGGCGGAAGCGGGAGGAGGAGGAGGAGGCGGAGGAGUGGGAGAGGCGGAAGAGGGGGAGGAGGAAGAGGAGGAAGAGGAGGAGGAGGCGGGGAGGGGAGGAGGACCCCGUGGAUGUGCUCGGGGAGGAGGUGAUGGGGCGGGUGAUGGAGCUCCUGGACGCACGCAGCGUGGCACGAUGCACCGCGGUGUCCCGCGCCUGGCGCGGGGUCGCCGCCGACGACCGCCUCUGGGCACCCAAGUGUGCUGAAUUGAUGGCGGGAAAGGCACACAUUCCUCGUUUGACUAUGAUACCCACUGCAUCAAAAUUGUCUACCUAUUCAAUGGCCAUCGCGGAUGGCAAACGGACUCGGAUCACAAAAGAGGACCUCUGCGAUCAUGAUUGGGAAUUCCGUUUCACUAUAGCAGCACCAGAAUAUUGGAGAAACCUGGAUCCAUCAUGGAAACAUACCGGUCCACCAAUGCGACGUUACUUCCACCCUGAUGGUUACCACAGCGCAGAUCCUCAUGAUGCUGUAUGGGGUGGCCAUGAGUGCACGUACACGAUCAUAACAAGCUUUGCUGGUAAUGGAUGUAUCAGGGAUCAUUAUGUGAGGAUCAAUCGGUGGCCACCGAUGAAAGUUUCAAGGAAGGAGGAUUGGAGCUGGGAGCUAUCCAACCAUCUUUACCGCUACAACAGCAUCCCUGACACUGACAAGAAGGGAUGUACAGGUCCUCUGUUCCCCGUUUGGUGAAUGAAUCCACUUCUAUGGUAGUAGCAGUGACCGGUAAUAGUCGCGAUCUCCAACUCAUAGAAACUGGCCUCGGAUCGUUCCUGACCCUGAGGAACGUGAUAACGAGAGGCUCUGUUUGGCAGUUAUGAGCUAUGAACACCAAUGGAGAUUAAGCUUACUUAUGUGGUAUACUGGUAUGUAACGUACUCCUAUAUAGUACUACAUGAUUUCCUGUGCGUUGCUGCUGGAAUUGGUAUAAAACUUAUGUUUGCAAAUUU